UCAGCUGGGAAGAGUGAAAAAUGUUUUGUAUCGUUCGUGUAUGACAUUCUGUUGCUUAAGUAAAUAAUUUAAUUAGCGUGUGUUUGGAUCAUAAAAUUUUGUUACCAGAUUUGGACGUGAUGGCAUUACUUUUUCUAAUAACGUAAUGGUAAAGAGAUUUUCUUCCGCCCAACUAGAUCGAGGAGUGAAGGCGAAUUACAAGUGGAGAACGUACAGUAUUGAAAGUUCGUGAUUAAAUCUACAAAUAAUUAGUGGAAAUGAUUUACUAUUACUUUCGUGGUGGAUGUAAUUAAAUUGCCAUGUCUCACUAUGGACAAGAUAAUGACAAACAAGCCAGCUCUCUUAUGGAUGGGGUUCCUGUUAAAAUAAGUGAAAAAUACAAGCCACCAAGAAAAAUCAACCUACCUGUUGGCUAUCAAAAUAGAGCACCUCUAGCAUCAGUGGAUGAAGUGUAUGACUUCUCUUUAGAAAAUACUGUGCUUAGAAAGAUUGCAGAAUGGAGAAAACUGCAAGAACAACUUGUAUCAAGGAGGAGGGAAAACAUCAGACAACAUAAUGCUGAAAAGAAAGACGCAAGUUCAAAGGGAGAAACUGAUUGGAAUGUCCCAGCAACUGUUUCUACAUCAGUGAGUGUUACAGCUAAUAGUGCUGAUGCUUCCACCUCACAUUGCCAACAACAACAACAACAGGCUUCACAACAGCAGCAGCAACAACAACAACAACAACAGGCUUCACAACAGCAGCAGCAACAACAACAACAACAACAACUACAACAAUAUGCAUCAAUACUUACCCCAGUUCCCAUUAGCAUGCCCCUCAGUACAACUACCCAUCAUAAAAAUCACUCUCACCACUUCAAUCUGUCAGAUUUUGAAACAGACACUUCAGACCCUUUUGAUACAGUUGAAUUAAAGACAAUAAAUGAUAUGGAGGAGUUGGCUCAUGUUCUUCAACCAACAAUACCAGUAACAAGUACUGUGCCUAAUUGUUACACUUUGCCCUACAACUCUUCUCAACACUAUGGCAUGGUGGUGGAAAGCAAUAAGGACUCUGUUAUACUACCACAUCUGAAUGGCCUCACAGGUUAUCGAAUGAUGAGGGAUGGGGGUUUCGCAACUUUACCAGUCCAACAGAAGAGUAGUGCUAAUGGCAACUACCCUAAUUUAUGGGGUGACAGUUAUAAUGAAGCAACAACUAACCAGCGAUCCUCCCAGCAGGAUGGUGCUGGCUAUGGUGCUCUGUCUAAAAGUGUGCCAGAUAUUAUGAAAGAACUUGAUAGAGAACUGAAAGAAAAACGAAGAGGACCAACACCACCUACAGUAAUGUCAAGCAGACCAGCAAGUCUUGGUUCCACAGGAUUAGAGAACUGGAAACCUUGGCCAGAUUUGGAUAGCCCAGACCAGUCUGCGGCUUUGAAGACCACUAACAAAGAAAAAUGUGCAUGCCCACUACCUAAUCCAUUUGCUGAACUCAGUGUUGAAGAACAAAAUCUUGCCAUACACAUAAGUGAAAUGGGUUUUCCUUUACCACGUACAGCAAGAGCUUGUCAACUCGUGGGAAGUGAUGACAAGAAGAUGGUUGAGUUCCUGUUAUUGGUGCAAGCACUGGAGGAGAGAGGGUAUCCAGGAGAUAGGGCAGAACGAGCACUGACGGUGAAUGAAUGUGAUCUGAAAGAAGCUGAACGUUGUUUGGAGGCCACAACACAGCUUCUUGACCUAGGAUUUCCUGAGGACCGUGUUGCCGAAGCUCUGGCAAACUGUAACAAUGACAGAGAUCAGGCACUUGAACAUCUUAUCUCAUAAAAAAGACAGCCAAAACCUGCAGGUGAAAUGAAAUGUUGCUACUGCCAACCUCAUUGUGUAUUUCACUUCCAUAAUUGCUUUAAUGGUACUGGAGUAUAUAAUAAAUGGGGCAAAUCGUUUGUGGAUACUCUGUUUUUAAAAGUUUUACUUAAUCACAUACUAUAUAAGUGGACUGCUAAAUGAUGGUAGUAUAGUGGCAAGAUCACUAGAAGUGAACCCAAAGACAUCUGAGAUAUGAAGUAAGACUUUCAGUCCCUAAGAGGUUCAUUAGUUCCUUUGCAAAUAAUUUUUGUUCCUUGUGAAAGUAUGCAUAUAAGCUAUACAGCAGAAGAAGUGUUGAUGUACUCUGAUAUUGCCAGAAGAAUGGUGUGACAAAUGAAGUAAAUAUCUGAAAUGAUUACCACAGUAUCACUGAAGAUAUUUGUGAUAGUGUUAUGCAAACUUAGUCUUUGCAUGAAUAUUUAUACUGCUUUCUUGAUAUGUGUGUAAAGAUCUUUCACUGUUUUCCUGUUCUCUAGAAAUAUUAUUUUCAUAUUUUUUAAUUUAUUGUACAAUGUGUAUUCAUAACCACUGAAACAACUGGAAGUGUUAAGGUUGCUCCUUCGAUUAUAGUCAAUGUUUGUCAUACAACCAGUGUCUGAUGUCAAUAUUCCUACACACACACACACACACACACACACACACACACACACACACACACACAAAAUUUGUUAUGAUAUUUUAUUGAUGUAUUUAAUCUUUUUUCUUUCCUUAGAGAAAAAUACUAGUCAGCCCUCAUUAUUUGACAUCCAGAUUGCUUGUGUUUGACAUCCAUGUUGCAAAGGAGGCUUGAUGUGGAUCCUUUUUUAUGAUUGUGGCUACAUUUUAACUACUGGCCAUUUUGGAUCAAUAUUAAUAUUACUUCCUGUAUAAUUAUACCAAUUUAACUUCAAUUUAAUUUUUCAAUACACAGGCAUCAAAGUAUUUGUGCUGCACAGUGACAUUUUAUACCUUUCAUAUUUUUCAGAAAAUUUAAUUUAUAUAGGUUACGGUUUUAACAAGUGGUGGUGUUAUCAUCACAGAAAGGGUAGAGAUGUGUCAUGUUAGUGUCACUGCUCUUCUUCACAGUUAAGUACUGUUAUUAUCAUCCCUUUUCUGAAAAGGGAUCAGAAUCUGCUACUGGUACUACUUAACUGACAGUAUUUAUAAUCAUCUGAAAUGUGCUUUUACAAAUUGUUUAAUUAUCUCUUUUUGUGCAAUGAAUUAUUGCAAAACGGUAAGAAGGAUAUAGGUUGGUACCUUAUACUGUCCCGUCUACGUCUGUAGCGUGUACUGCUUAUUCCUUUUCAGAGGAUAAUGUGAUACCCACUGGGACUGAAUCCUACCUUUUGAUGAGGCACGUAAACUCAUUUGAUUGUGUUUGAUUUGCAGGAAGUGUACGUAUCUUGGCAAAUAUCUUGCUACAUUCAUCUGUAUGUCAUGACUGUAGUUCCAGCUGUUGGCAUGUUAAUAACAAUUUUUGUAUCUGUUUUGGAUCCUUUUUAGAGUGGAACACUAAUAUGACAAAUUUCAUUGUUUUCCAUGUCAUUGCCUUUCACCCUCUUACAAAGUUUAAAAGUGCAUUUUAAUUUCAUCUGAACCUAGGAAUUAUAAAGGCUUAUUACAUGAUGAGUAGUGUCCACAUCUAAGUCCAUAUAAAUAUCAGAACAUAAGUUUCACCAACUAUAAAAUAAUUUUAUUCUUUAAUUACUUGUCCGGUGGUCUUGGAGUGAAAAGGAAUCUAUUAGCACAGUAUGUAGUAUUCAUCUGUGUUUAGUUGCUUGGUUGUUUUCAUAAAGUAGGUUUGUAUUCUGUUGCUAAGAUGAAAUCACGAAAACUAGUGACACCUGGCUUGAAAUGUGGUGUUAACUUGCUUUUGCAGAUUGUUGAGAUACUUGUCAGCAGUUUGUGCAGUUCCAUGCAUUAAUAGGUAAAAGCUGAUGGAAAAAAGUCUGUUAUCUAAAUACGUACUACACAUCUCCUAUGAAGUUCAUUGCUCGAUGUGUUUGCAUUUCUUUCUUGCUUUGUUGAAGCAAAUGUCCAGUUGCUUAGUUACAUCUAGUUUUAGGAUGGUUGUGACUUUUCUCUGUUUCCUUUCUUCACCACUCCCUUCUUUUUCUUAUCCUUCCCUUCUACUGAAAUAUAGGAUGCAGUUGUUUGGUUUUAAUUAAUUUUACUGAAGAUGAUACACCACUCAUAAGAGAGGGAACCCAAAUGAAGGACAGAAAAAAAAAAAUCACAUGAAAUUUUUGUUCAUAUAAAAGACUUGCUAUAAGAAUGCUUAUUGUGCAGUUCUUAACAUUCUGGCAUUUUAUAACAUAUAAGACCUUUUUUCACUGUUCCUUUUAUUUCUUCCUUGCCUUGUCAGUGAUCAUGUGCUCACACGAACACUUCUGGAUACGCUUAAAAAUCUAAUAUUCUUAGACUGUGUCUUUUAUUAUGGUCAUUUUCAAACAUUUUGUUUUACUUGCUGUUUUGAAACUUUUUGUUGCUUUCUUGUUAAACAAGGAUGUUCAGGGAAAGGUAAUGAAGUAGGUGUAGCAAUACUCAGAAACUGUUACUGAAUGUUGCUUUUGUUUUGCAGUCCUUUUCUGUAAAGGACAUUAUAGAGUGUUAAAAUGUUAUAUCAUGUUUUUGCUUUGUGACUUGGUAUUAGUCUCUUCUGAUUUUUGUUAAACAGCCAUGGUUCAGGCAUGAUCAGUAAAGUUGCUGUAUUAUUACUCUGUGGAAUGAACUAUAUUUGUUUGAUAAUGUUGCUCUUUGUAAGACUGCUGAACUGAUUCUCAGGUUGUGUUACUUGUGCACUGAAAAGGAAAUUAUUUCUCAUAAAGUUUAGAAAGACAAAUGAAGUAAUGAUUUUAACAUUAUUUAAUUUAGCAUUAAUCUUGUGAAAAUUGUGUUUCAUAAGCUGACCAAAUUUCAUUUAAUGUUUUAAGUCAGCAGAGAGUAUUUGAAGCAACUUAAAUGUGUGUACGCAAGAGGUUUCUCUCUUUAGUAAUAUAUGGUAUGUGGGACAUAGAAUGAAAAAGAAUUGAAAAAUGGUGAAAAGCAUAACCAUCAUUGUAUUAGAAGUUCCUACUGUUUAAUCCAUUCCUGUAAAGUGUGAUUAUAUGUUGUGUUCAUACCAUCAGAUUAGUAUAUAACUCCACUUUCUGCAAUCUGAUGCACUAGCAAAUUAAUAGUAUUUAUUGGUCCAGAAAAAAAUGCUUCUGACAAAAAGACUGCGUAGACAUCAUGACACUGAUGCACUUGUAACAGUCUGUUUGAUAUGUUACUUUGUCAUGUUAAAGAUGUUGAGCGAUUACGAUUGCAUUUAGAAUUUAUCUUAAAUAUUCUUCUGAAUGAAUAAAAACAUGGUGAAAAUAAGAAUGACCAACAAAUUCUAACAGGAAUGGAUCAAAGAGAACAUAUAGUAUUCAUUGCAUGUAUUCACAAUUUAUCUUGUGGAAUUUUGAGUGAACAGUUUGAUGAUGUUCAGUACAAGAGGUAAUCUCUUGUUACAAUUUAAUGUUGUUAGUCAAUUCAUAAUUGCAGCUGUGAUAUUUUCUAUGGGAGAUAGUGGUCGGCAUUAAGUUAAUGCUGAAAAUGGAAUUCGGUGUACUUAUAAGAAUUUUGUAAACAGUUUUAUAUAAAUGGUGAAGUUGUCAUUGCUGUAACAAUAUGUUACCAUAGCUUAUGUGCUAAAGUGUUGUUGUGGACAUUGUAUUAUUUUGAUAAGUUGAAUGGAAGGCUAAAUAAGCCUGGUUUAAAAUAUAUUAUGAUAGGGGAACAGUCAUUAGAUCUGUGUCAGAAUGUUAUGCUGAAUUUUGAAACUGCAGAAAAUUUGCACUAUUGUGAGUCAUUACAUUUUUUCCUCUCUUACAGCUUCCUUUAAGUCAUUCUGGCAUAUGGGAUACAUCAUAUCCCAUGCAGAUUUUGGACUGUUUCUCUGUCUCUGUGUGUUAAAACUGGCAAUACUUAGAGUAUAUAUAUGUCAGUACAGAUAACCAACUAUAAAAGCUUGAGCUGACUUCAUUAGUGUAAAUAAUCCAUCAAGGAUCUAUGUUUAUCUUGUAAGUAAUGGAAUAGCAAAGACUUGUUGGCUUUUGUAAAGUUGCUUGAUGCUUGUGAUUCUGUCAGAGCCUUUGAAUGUCUGCAAAUGUGUAAUCUGAAAAAGAGAUAUAUAUAUAUAUAUAUAUUUAUCACUUGGUGAACUAAGUAAGCAUUACUUUUUAUGUGGGAUAGCUGCUGAUUUUUAGGUCUCAAUAGAGUCAUUCAGUCAUCAUCUACAGUAACUCCUGCUCCCUCUUCUAUUUCAGCACUAGAUUUUCCUUUACUUACUUUCCAUCUUAUAAUUUUUGCACAUCACCCAUGUCACCAUACUUAUCCAAUUAGCUUCCAUGCCAUCCUCAGCUCCUCCCCCCCCCCCCCCCCCCCAACCUCCCCACCCCCACACACCUAUGCUGUUACGUUGUGUCAUCUGAACAUGCAAAGCCGGGGUUGCAGUUCAGCAGACAGUCUGGGGUGAGGAGUUGAGUUGAUUGGGAUGGUAGAGGUAGGAAGUGAGAUGAGGGGUUGGGAAGCGGUAGUUGUCAGAUGGGAGGAAACGAGCAGGGGUUAGGAAUGAGGAAGGGAGAAACAGCAGUGAUAUGGAAUAGGAAUAUGGCACAUGGGCAUCAGACUGGUGAGUUCAUGCAGUGCACAAAGAAGAUUAUGUGAAUUGCAUGUGUGGGUUGGAGGGGAGGAUUCCAUUGAGUAGAGGCUGUGCAUGCAGUGGGUUAGCGGAGAUUGAAGGUAGGAGAAUUACAGGAGUGAAGGAUGUGUUGCAAGGAUCAUUCUGAUCUGUGUAGUUCAGAAAAGCUGGUACUGGAGGAAUGGGUCAGAUGCCAUGGGUUGUGAAGCAGUCAUUGAAUUAAGGCAUGUUGUGCUUGGCAGCACAUUCUGCCACUAGGUGAUCAACUCUGUUCUUGGCCACAGUUUGGCAGUGGCCUUUUUUUUCACGUUGACAGCUGGUUGAUGGUCAUGCCCACAUAAAAUUCUGUGCAAUAAUUGUAGCAGAGCUGGUAUAAGUGGUAUAUGACAAGUUGGUACUGUCUCUAAUGGUGUGGAAUAAGUGUGUGACAGCAACAGGCCAUGGCAGGUGUGGGCUGUGUGUGAUAAUGGGGUUGUUUUUGGUUAUUUUUGUACGUUUUUCUUGAAUUAACUCAAAAACUAUAGCCUCAGAUGAAAAAGUAUCCCAACACAAAAUUUAAAUACAUUAAAACUCCUAUGAAAAGGUCCUGUUAAUUUUUUUGUAAGACUAAUAAUGCAUAGAAAUGAGAGAAUACAAAAAUCUCAAGUGUGGUUUAUGAACGCCAAUUAUAACAUUGUGGGUUGCAAAAGUGACAGCGGUAGAGCCAGGUGAAUCACACUUUAUAAUUCCCUCCCCCCACUCACCCAAAGGAGAAGUAAUAGUAUAUGGGAAUGUAAUUGAUAGAGUGUAUAAAGAAAGAGGUAGUAGGUUUGGAGUCAGAAGAACUUUGGGAGAGAGGACAUUUGAUAUUAGGAAGGACGUGGACAUGAGAGACCUUGGUGUAUAGGGAAGUGGCAUCAACAGAGAUGAGUAGUGAUCUGUGUGGUAAUGGGUGGGGAUAGCAGGAAGUCAGUGAAGGAAGUGGGUUGUAUCUUUGAUACCGAUAUAUGGGCAGUUGGUUGGAGCUGUAAGCCAACAAGAGUGGAGAUUCUUUUAGUGGGAGCUCAGUAACCAGGUACAAUGUGGCAUCAAGCAUUGUUCAGUUCGUCGAUUUUGGGAGGCAUGUAGAAGGUGGGUGUGCAGGGAUGUCAUUGGGGUGAUGAGAGAGAUGGGUUCAGGAGAGAGAUUCUGGAAUUGGCUUAGGGAUUUGAUCAGUGUUUGGAAGUUAUGUUGGACUUCUAGUAUACCUAUGGCAGAGCUUGUAGGUGAGGGAGUCAGAAGUCUUCUGCUGGUGAGCACUGCUAUUCAUCACAACAGUGGUGGACACUUUGUCUGCAGGGAAGAUGAUUAAAUUGGGUCUGUUAUGAGAUUGUG